AUGAACUCACCACAACGCGAGCAGUGGAAGAGCGCUAUCGACACCGAGAUGGGUAAUCUCGCCAAGCACAAAGUCUUUAAGAAAGUACGCAUCAGCCUGGUACCGAAGGAUGAGGACAUCUUCGACACACGCUUCGUGUUCAAGAUCAAGGCCGACAGUCGCUUCAAAGCCCGCUUAGUCGCCGGGGGACACCGCCAACGGGCAGGACGACACUUCGGAAGGAACUACGCUCCAGUAACCCGAUUGGGUAGCAUCCGCAUGCUAUUCGCCAUCGCUUGCGAACACGGAUGGGAGGUGUACCAAUUGGACGUGGUAGCUGCAUUCCUGAACGCGUACACCGACAGAGACGUCUACGUCAGGCCGGCGCCAGGCGACGAGGAGAGGGACCCUACGACAGGUGAAAUGAUGGUCUACAAACUGGAGAAAAGUCUGUACGGCAUGUCACAGUCCCCGUCACUGUGGAACGACGCCAUCAAUGACAGACUCAUCAUCUUCGGCUGGCAGCGCACUCGCUCUGACCCCUGUGUCUACAUCUUCGUAAGCGGGGACGAACUCACAAUCCUAACGAUCUACGUCGAUGACAUCCUCAUCACGGGCGGAAACAAGGAGAUCGUAAGCAGGAAAAAGAAGGAACUCAUGGACAGCUUCGAAAUGACAGACAUGGGAGAGGUCAAGCGCGUAAUCGGCAUCGAAGUGCAGCGGGACUACGAACAUGGCACACUAGCCAUAUCGCAAGGACCCUACGCGAGAGAUAUCCUACAGCGAUACGGAAUGGAACAGGCAAACCCGGUCAGCACCCCCGGGUAUGGAGCAGAACUAUCAACCGAGCAGCCACAAGACCAACUACUCGGACCCGAGGACACGCAGAGAUUUCAGGCCAUCAUCGGGAGUCUCCUGUCUACCACCGGAUACCUGUUCUUCCUAGGAGGGGGACUGAUCAGCUACGGAGCCAAGGCACGGACUCUCGCAGCACAGAACACCGUGGAGGCCGAACUUCAAGCGCUGAGCUUCAGUGCCCGCGAGGCAGUCUACAUCUCCAACUUCAUGACGGAAAUCGGAUUCGAGACCUUUCGAUCGGUACCCAUCAACAGCGACAGCACCGGAGCAUUGACUGUGGCCAGCAACGCGAUGUUCAGCUCUAGAACCAAGCACAUCGCGCUCCGGUUCUUCCUCAGGGAACUCACGAAGGGGCACUGGAUCACUCUUCACCACCGACAUAGUGCCACAAUGAUACCGGACUCGGAAGACAGAAAGAGGUCAAGAGAAGAGUUCGUGGCUCUGAGGACGCAAGUUAGCUCGCUGACGGAUCAGACGGGCCAGCUAAUGUCGCUAGUGGAAGAUACCAUGAAGGCAAGCAAGAAGGAGGAGCCAGCUGGUACCAUGGAGGGUGCCGCUGAUUGCGGCGAUGCUAGGGAGAGCGCCGCCGCGGAGUCCACGAACGCCGAAGGAGGGGCAUCGUGGACCGGGAGUGCGCAGGACGGGAGGUACCUGCGCGAACCUGUUCGAGAGUGUGGCCCGUCAGGGCGACACAGCGGCGAAGCAGGGGGCUUUGUCCCCCAAGAGCCGUCAGAGGACCUCAAGUCCCUGACGUCGAUCAAGAUCUCUGGAGGUGAAACCCCCCAAAACGCCCUCAAUGAGAUGCUCCGAACCGCAAAGUCCUUAACCGAGAAAGGACCAACUGUCAACCAAACGUUCGUCCUUCACCUCUUCCUGGAUGCCCUUUCGGACGAGUAUGCCAUGACAAAGCACAACCUGCGACACGCGAAGGAGUUGACGCGGACCGGUGUGCUAAAGGAAGUAAUGAUCGAAUACAAGGCGAUCAAGGACAAGCUGGAGCAAGGGAAAGGAAAAGGGGCGAAGGGCGCAGAGCAAGCGUACUUCGCCGACGGUGAGGGCCGCAGAGAGCGGUACUCAAGUAUGAGUCAGGGGCAAGGUCGUAGUCGUGGCGGCGGCCGUGGCCGCAGCAGCAGUCGUGGCCGCGGCGGAGGCGGUCGCGGCGGCGGCGGCGGCGGUCGCGGCGGCCGCUUCGGAGGAGUCGAGGAGAGCAAGGGAAGCAGCAGUGGAAGCGCCGAUGGCGGCGGUGGCGGGGACUAUAAGUUCCCGGGCCGGUGCUUUAGGUGUGGACAUCGUGGACAUGAAGCAAUCGGCUUCACUACCAACGAGAAGGACUUCGUGCCGUGGUGUGCGCGCUGCGAGGGGUGGGGCCACACCAAAGAAAAGUGCGCGACGGAGGAGGCCGUCCUAGCGCAAGUGGUGGAGCAUGAGAGCGACGUGGACUCCGUGGAAGACCAGGCGUUUUGUGCCGUGGCAGUCCCCCCAGGCGAAUGUGGUACCGUUGGUAAAGUAGGUGUAGUGGGGGUUGUGGAACAAGGCCAGGCGGUGUACGUGGCCGACACAGCGGCCACGUGCUCCAUGUUCCGAUGUGCAGACAACUUCGUGAACUACCGUGAGCGUAGCGGUUGGGUGAAGGGGAUCGGAGGCGACAAGGCCCCCGUUCCUCUUCUAGGAUACGGAGAUGUGACCUUAGUCCUACAGACGGAAGAUGGUGGAGUACCCGUACCAGUACUGAAUGCUGCCCAUGUACCAGAGGCCCCCUACAACCUCCUCUCGCUGUCUUCGUUGGCGGAGGAGGGCCACACGUAUUCGGGGAUGAAGGGGGGCCUCACGCUGGCCACGAAAGCCGGGGGGGAGGUGUGGUUACCCCGGACUGGAAAGCUGCUGGCCUAACGAGGCUAUCAAAUAAAGCCAACGCUACACACCGCUUGUGCCGCACUCAUUGUUCCUGGCGAUGCGAAAGCAGCCAACCCCACUGACUUCAACGAGUACCACCUCGCGCACGGCCAUGCCCACGAGACAUUGCUCAGGAUCACGGCGGAGCAGCAGAGAGUGCAGCUGACGGAUGGACCGCU